AUGAUUCUUGACGUGAAAACGAGUGACACCGCUGAACAUUCCAACAAGCCCCGUAAUGCCAGAAGUAAUCAGUGUUUGCCCCCGGAGGACGUUGAGGGCAAUGAGGAAGUCGAGGACAACGUGGAAGUCGUUGACCACCAGAUGCAAGAUAAUGGAGAUCUACUCAAGUCCCAGUCUCUUAUUGACCUAGAACAACUCCAAACUAGUUCUGGUCGGAGUAGCUACUGGAAAGCAUGCUUUCCAUUUGUGGAGCCCGAGUGUGUGUUCUUGGGGAUAGGUAAAAGUGGAAAAAGACAGACUUUCCAGUAUGUUUCAAUCUGUAAAAUGCUCAAGUGCAUACUUGAAAGCCCUGUAGCGUGGAGCGACUUCCAGAGCCAGCCCGAGGAGGAUGGUUAUUUGUCCACUGUUUUUGACGGUACAGCCCACCAUGAUCAUGCCUACUUUCAGGGUGACCGGAAGAAAAUCUGUGUUCAACUAUACAGUGAUGAGUUUGAAGUGUGCAACCCUCUUGGAACUAAGAGAGGUAAACAUAAGCUAACAGCAGUGUAUUUCUCUGUUCUAAACUUUCCCCAAAAGGUUAGAUCCCGUUUGUCAGGGAUACACCUGGCCCUGCUGGUCAAAGACAAGUGUGUCGCUUCUUAUGGCCUGCAUAAGAUCUUUGAUCCGCUUGUACGUGACAUAGCUGAGCUCGAAAAGAAUGGCAUUAUUGUGAAUGGGGAGGUUAUCUAUGGUUCAGUACUCGCAGUGACUGGAGACAACCUCUCUAGUCAUAGGCUAGGUGGGUUUAAAUGCAGUUUUAAUUAUGGCAGAAUCUGUAGAUUUUGCUUGGCCCUUCACCAUGAGAUCGCACACAAGCAUCUUGAACAAGAUUUCGUUCAGCGGUCUCCUACAGGACACAGACAUCACCUUGACAUGUUAAUGUCAGGGGCACCGUGCAGUUCUUUGUAUGGAGUGCGAGAGCCCUGUGCCCUGAACUUCACUGGCUUUGAGCCAACAGAGCACCUGCCUCCCGACGUGAUGCACGAUUUGCUAGAAGGUGUCAUACCUUUUGUGAUGAAGCAUGUGAUUUCGCACCUCAUCUCUGGUAACUUUUUUUACCCUGAGUGCGCUGAAUACAUGUAUUCUUGA